GUUGCCUCUGUACCUGGCUUCUCUUUUCAUAAGUCUCCUGUUCCUCUUGGUGAAUUUAACUUGUGCAGUAUUGGUGAGGACACAGAAUUCAGAGAGAAAAGUCAUUGUCUCUGUCCGGGUGGCAAUUAAUGACACGUUGUUUGUGCUGUGUGCUGUUUCGCUCUCCAUCUGCCUGUAUAAGAUUUCCAAGAUGUCUUUAGCCAACAUUUACUUGGAGUCCAAGGGUUCAUCUGUCUGUCAGGUGACAAGUAUAGGAGUGACUGUUAUACUACUUUAUACCUCACGAGCCUGUUACAACUUGUUCAUCUUAUCGUUUUCCCAAACCAAGAAAGUAAAUUCUUUUGAUUACGAUUGGUACAACGUAUCAGAUCAGGCAGAUCUGAAAUGUCAGCUGGGAGAUGCAGGCUACAUAGUGUUUGGAGUGAUCCUUUUCAUCUGGGAGCUCUUGCCUACUUCCUUGGUUGUGUAUUUCUUCCGUGUCCGAAACCCUGCAAAAGAUCUAGCCAAUGCAGGAAUGGUCCCAAGCCAUGGCUUCAGUCCUCGAUCUUAUUUCUUUGACAACCCUCGGAGAUACGACAGUGAUGAUGAUCUAGCAUGGAAUAUUGCACCGCAGGGGGCACAGGGCAGUUUCUCUCCAGACUACUACGACUGGGGCCAUCAGAACAACAGCUUCAUGGCUUAUAUAGGAUCCCUCCAACAAGAUCCAGCACUGGACACAGACCGGCCGAGCCCUAUUUAACUUCAAUCAACUCCAGCUUUCUUGGACAUUCCAAUAUUAAAACAAAUGUUCUGAAAAACAAAGCUUAGCCAUUUUUCUUCACCUUUUGUUAUUCAGAAGUGUUCCUGUGCACACAUAAAUGAAGAACUUUGCCACGAGCUUUUCAUAGUUCAAGGAGAAGUAUAAGCUAAUGAUUUAAACUUUGAAGACUGUUCUAAUUAAUACCUUGUUCUAAAGCCAUGGUAUUUUUGGCUUUGAAUAGAGUUGUUAGAGAGUAUAAUUUAAUCAUUUUAUGCUCAUUUUAAAAGAGCAAAUUUCAUGAAGUGAAAUGACAAUUAUUUUCUAAGUAUUUUUAUUUUUACACUGUGUGUUAGGUUAGAAAUAUGUGAUUAUGCUUAAUAUACUGUAAACACUGUAUACUGAAGGGUUUGUUCAAAUGCAUGACAGUGGCGAUUCUUACGUGCACAUAAAAGCCUGUAAGGGAAAAAUAUCAACCCAAUUAAAUACUGUCUUUUCAAG